AUGGUUCGCCUUCACAUUGGCAUAUCGUUGGGCUCGCGGGGGCCGCUGAACUUCCGCGUUCAUGCCGCGGGAAAGGACACGACCACAGCCAGCGAGCCGUUUCGCCAGGCGGAGGAGGAAGCGUACGAGCGGCGCCGAAGCGCCGCCAAAGCAAAACGCAUCGCAGGGGGGCAGGACGACAAUCUGCUGGGCGCCGACAUUUCGCUGGACGAGGUCGUGGGCCGGUCGCUGAAGUGCCUCGCCGCGGCCCUCGUGAUCAUCAACAAGGAGACGGUCCUCGCCACCGAAGGCCUCGCCGCGGCCGCGUUCGCCUUUCCGGUCGGCCUGGUCUUUGCCGGCAUCGCCCACAGAAACAAGAUGAAGAAGAUCGAGCGGUCGAUUGCGCUGUCCAAGGCCAGCGGGGAGGCGCCAAUCGCCGCCGCGCUGCUCCGGAUGAAGGGCCACGCGUUCGUGGACACCGCGCUCCCGAGCGACUGGCAGCCCAACACGGACUGGCUCAACCGCGCGCUGUGCGCGGUGUGGCCGUACUACGACAAGGCCGUGUGUCGCCAGGUCCGACAACAGGUCGAGCCGAUCCUGAACCAGUCCAUCCCCGGCGCCAUCAAACGCAUCUACUUCCAGGAGCUCACGUUCGGCGACAAGCCCCUGCGCAUCGAGGCCGCGCGCAGCGUGCUCGUGGAGGGCGAGCCGGCGCUCGACCUCAAGAUCCGGUGGGGCGGGGAGUCCCACGUGAAGCUGUGCGCGGAGAUCGGGAAAUCAGGUCUUAUAAAGGUGGUGGCGAGUGUCAAGGACAUUUUCCUGGAGGCCGAGCCGCGCGUGUGCUUCCGGUGCCUGACGGACCAGAUUCCGUGCUACGGCGCGAUGGUCGUGACCAUGAUGCGGACGCCCCGCGUCAAGUACAAGCUAGACCUGAACAUCACCACCGGAGCCAUCGAGCGCAUGAUCACGCGGAUCGUCGACCGGCUCCUCGUGGAGGUCCUCGGGCGCAUGAUGGUCUGGCCGCAGCGGCUCGUGCUCCCGCAGCAGCCGCCGGAGGUCACCGGGUCGAUCGCGCACCUCUACCUGCGCUGGCGCGGCGUGCUGCGCGUGCGCGUGCUGUCGGCGACGGACCUCCCGAAGACCGACCUGAUGGGCAGCGACCCCUUCGUCGAGGUCUCCACGGACCCGUUCCGCGUCCAGGCGACCCGGACGGUGAAGAACACGCGCAACCCUACCUGGAAUCAAGACAUCUGGGUCCGCAUCGACGAGCUGUCGUGCCCGCUGCGCGUCGAGCUGUGGGACGAGGACUUCUCGCUGCUCAAGCUCAUCGGCGACGAGUCCGCGCGGCUCGACAACCGCGACCUCAUCGGACGGUGCCUGAUCGACCUGUCGGACCUGGAGCACAACGUGACGGUGAAGAAGUCGUCCGCGCUCGGCGUGGACGGGUGGCUCGAAGGGAGCAUCGACGAGAACCCGGCGCUGGGGGGCGAUUUGGCGCCGCGGGGGCGCGUGCAGCUCGAGCUGACGUACUUGGACGCCGGCGCGCUGCGCGACGCGCGCGACGCGCUGCAGCAGGUCGCGCUGAACGCGGACGAGGCGUCGCCGAAGGAGAAGGCCGUCGCGGAGUCGCUCGAGCAGGCGAACGGCGUCGACGCCAAGUGGCAGACCGGCAUGCUCGGGAUCAAGGCGAUGCGCGGACGCAAGCUCGGGAUCAAGGACGGCGCUGGCGACGGCAAGGAGCGAGUCCACGUGGACUUCGUCGUCGGGUCGGACCGCGUCACGUCGCCCGCGUUCGUCGCCGAGGACGUGGUGAACUUCAACUACUCGACCGCGUUCCUCGGCGCGCACGCGGACCAGGUCCUGAAGGUCGAAGUGCUGAACGAGGACCAGACGCUCGGAACGGCGGAGGUGCAGAUCGCGGAGCUCGCCCGGUCGCCGGGGAGCCACAUCCACGACGUGUUCAACAUCAGGGGUGCGAAGGCCGCGGGGGGCGCUGCGUAUCCGGGACAGCUGCAACUGGACCUGGAGUGGCUGCCCGUGACGACGAAGAGCGUGCCCGCGGUGACGAAGCCCGCGUCGCGCAAGUACUACCAGGGGCAGCAGAUGCGCGGGGCGCUGGACGUGCGCGUGGUGGGUGCGCACCUGCUGCAGGCGGGCGACCGCGGGUCCGCGAGGGAUCCGUACGUCAGGGUGCGCGUCGGAGACGAGACGAAGAAGACCUUCCACGAGACGAACACGGCCGAGCCGCUGUGGAACACAGUGCUGAACUUCGAGGACGUCCCGGCGACCGCCGUGGUCGAGGUCGACGUGUUCGACCGCGACGUGUUCUCGCGCGACGAUCCCCUCGGGUCCUGCACGGUCCCCGUCGGCAAGAUCCUGUCCCGGCCGGGCCUCGAGUUCGCCGGCGAGACCUUCGCGCUCUCCAGGGAGCACGACGGCGCGGCCGUCGACUGCGGCGCAAUCCGCUUGGACCUCCUGUUCGUUCCCAACUCGCUCGAAGGCUGGGACGAGCCGUCGUCGUUCGGCUUCGUCAAGGCCGCGCUGCCCCCGGAGCUCAAGGCCGUCAAGGUCAACGCGUCGCGCUUCCCCGCGAACCGCAUCGGCAUCCUGGUCGUCGACGUGAAGCAGGCGGAAGGUCUGUCGUCAAGCGGGCUGCGCGACUACUACGUCGCGGUGUCGGCCGAGGAGCCCGGCUCGCAGGGCGCGCUCGAGGCGUCGACGUUCAAGUCCGCGUCGGUCCGCGACCCCAUCUGGCGCGACACGGUUGCGCUGCCGCCGUGUUCGCUGGGCAAGUCGGUCGUCACGAUGGAGGUCUUUGCGCGCGGCAAGGACGGCCCGUCGUUCCACGGAUCGAUCACCGCGCCCCUGGGCACGCUCGUGACCGCGUCGGAGCGCCGCGGGGACGUGACGAUGCGACUGGCGAACGCGCCGUCCGGCACGCUCACGGUGCGCUGCCGCGUGGGCGGCACGGGCGGCGACGCCGCGCGGUUCCUCGCGACCCGCGCGCCGCUAACGGGCAUUCUGCAGGUCGCGGUGGUGCGUGCGCGCCGCCUGCCCGGCCCCGCGCGAACCAACGACCUCAUCGUACGCCUGCGCGGCAAGGGCAUCGAAGGCGAGGCCAAGACCGCCCCUGCGAAGGUCCGCAGCACCGACCCUGUGUUCGAGGAGGUGCACUGGAUGCGCAUCGUCGGCGCGGACCCUCGAGCGGCCCUCCUGGAGGCGACGGUCGAGCCCGCGUCCAGCACGUCUGCUGCUGCGUUCAGGGGCUUCCUGGCGAGCGACAAGCAGACCCUGGCGUCCCUCGAGAUCCCGAUCGAGGACAUCGUCGCGAUGGGGGGGUCCAUGGACGGCACGUUCCCGCUCGAGGCGGCAACGGAGAGCGGCGAGGGCGCGUCGCUGCGUCUCAUCGUGCGCUUCUGGUCCGCGAAGGAGCUCCUGCUCCGCCGCGAGAAGGGCCUGCGCAGCUCCAUGGCCGGCAGCGAGAUCUUCGACUACGACGAGCCCGCCCCGGCGUCCGAGUCCGACCCAGGAUACCUCACCGUCGGCCUUUUGCGUGGCGUCGGCAUCGACACGUCGUCCUCCGGCGGCUCGUCGACGCUCGACGCCUCGCCGUCCCUGAUCUGCCGCGCGCGGCUCGUCGGCCCGGACGGCCAGGAGGUCCCGGGGGGUCGUUUGGAGUCGCGCGCCGUCCGCAACCAGAACAAGAAUGCCAACUUCGUGCUGCUGGGGGACUUCUGCGGCGUGGACCCGGACGCCGCGCUGCUGAUCGACGUCGUCGGCGGCAGCGCCCUGAGCGUCAUCGCCUCGGCGCGGUACGCCGUGAGGGACCUGGCGGGCAUGGGGGACUUUAAAGCGUAUGAGGAUAUCGAGCUCAAGGACAAGAGCGGGAAGAAGAACGGCGUCGUGAGCGCCAUCUUCGGGUGGUCCCCGCUCGCCGGCGCCGGCGCGUCCGCCGCGCUGAUCUCCGCGGCGGGCGGCGCGAGCACCGCCAAGGGCACGUUCACGCGCGCCGACCUCGCGCCGGGCAUCACGGGCUGCCUACGCAUCUUCGCGGCAGGGGCGCAGGCCACAGCGGACAACCUCGACCUCACGGGCACCGUCCUGGCGGUCUCCGAGCCAAUACACCCCCCCGAGUCACGGCAUCGCUACAUGUCGCAGAGCGCGACGCUGGCCGCGGACCCGGGCCCUGCCGGCGCGCGCGCGGUCGUCUGGGGCGGGAGCGAGCUGCUCGUGCAGCCCGUCGACAUCGGCGAGCACGUGCUCGAAGGCAAGGUGUACCGCAAACAGGGCUUCGCCCUGGGCGUGCCGGUGGCGGCCUUCUCCAAGCGGGCGUCCGACCUCGUGCUCGAGAGCCAGACCGCGGGCGCGGGAGGCGUCACGAUCGCGCUGCGGGACGUCGGCGACGCGGACAAGAAGAUCGGCACGCUGUCGCUGCGCGCGGUGUUUCAGCAGGGCGCUUUGUUCCAGCCGCACGCUCCGCCGCUGCCGCCGCCCGCCGCCGCCACGAACGACCCCGUCUUCGCGGUCCCGGCGCCGAUGCCGGUCAAGGAGUUCCAGCGCGGCGGCGGGUACGCCGGCGUGGUGCGCGUGGACGUCAUCGAGGGCUGGGGCAUCGCGUCGACCGACCUGGGCGGGAAAGGCGACCCGUACGUGGUGCUCGAGGCGCCCGGCGGGGGCAGCACGCGGUCGAGCAUCAUCGCGAGCGCGAAAGACCCCGUGUGGCAGGAGACGUUCUGGCUGCCGGUGACGACGACGGCGCUGCCGUUGAAGCUCGCGUUGUGGGACCGGGACGUGGCGAAGGACGACCUGAUCGGGCGGGCGAUCGUGUCGCUGCAGGGCCUGGAGCACGCGAAGCCCACGCCGGUCGACCUCGAGCUCAAGGACAUGUCGUGGGAGGACCUCGAGGAGGGCGGAGCCACCGCGAAGCUCCGCGGCACGAUCGCGGCGCAGAUCACCUGGCUCAGCAUGGAGGAGCUCUGGCCCGCCGAGACGGUCCCGCCGCGCCCGCUGUCGGCCGCGACCUUCACCAUCCCCGCCCCGAAGCACGGGAAGAAGACCAAGCGCAAGGCCGACAAGUCGGCGACGCGCGCUCGUUCCGGGUUCUUCACGCCGCGCAGCGGGAUGCUUGCAGCGACGUCGAGCGCGCGUUUCGCCAAGGCCGACGACGUCGGCAUGCUCCUGGUCGCGGUCACGCGCGGGCGCAACCUCGGCAAGGACGCCACCGUUGUUCUCGCGACGAGCGGCGGCGCGAACGGCGCCGCGACGUCGCGCGAGCUGCGCAGCGGCGAGAUGGAACUGCUGGAGGGGUCGGCGGACGACGGGACGUUCGAGCUGUCCGCGGCGUUCUGCGGCGUGCCGGUGUCCGGCGGCGCGGCGCUGAGCAUCACGGCGGGCCCGCGCGGGGCGGCGACGGUACCGCUUGCGGACAUCGUGCGCGACGUGCGGUACUUCACGGGGAGCGGGUGCGUGUCUGUGGGGCCGGGAGGGGCGCAGGUGGAGCUGCGCGCGGUCUGGGUGCCGCUGGCGAAGUGA